AUGGAAUGGGGUUCUUUUGAACCAAAGGCUUGGACCGAAAAUGACAUCGAUAUUCAAAUAUCCCACUGCGGAAUAUGUGGAUCUGACUUGCACACACUCCGUUCUGGCUGGGGCAAGACUGACUAUCCAUGCUGUGUCGGUCAUGAAAUUAUUGGGAAAGCCGUUCGUGUCGGCUCGAAUGUGCGCCACAUUCGUCUUGGUGAUCGCGUUGGGGUUGGUGCCCAGGCCCGGAGUUGUCUCCGGACCGACUGCCCAGACUGUUCUCGCGGAGAGGAGAAUGCCUGCGUUCGAGAACGUGUCGACACCUAUGGGUCUAUCUACCCAAAUGGCGAAGGGAAGUCUAUGGGUGGUUAUGCGGACUAUAACCGCACCAACGGCCGCUUCGUAUUCAAGAUUCCCGAUGGCCUGGCAUCUGAGGCGGCGGCACCAAUGCUAUGUGGCGGUAUUACAGUCUACGCACCUUUGAAAAACCACGGAUGCGGUCCCGGAAAGACGGUGGGUAUCAUCGGGCUUGGCGGAUUAGGGCACUUUGGAGUCCUUUUUGCCAAAGCUAUGGGCGCCGACCGAGUGGUAGCAAUCUCAAGGCGACGAUCGAAAAAAGGCGAUGCACUCGCGCUCGGAGCGGACGAGUAUAUUGCGACUCUUGACGAUGAGAAAUGGGCCAGGAAAAACAGGAGAACUUUGGACCUUCUGAUUUGCACAGUCUCAAAUUCUGAUAUGCCUCUUCAGCAAUAUCUGAGCUUGUUGAAAUGGGGAGGAUCGUUCGUUCAAGUCGGAUCUCCUGAUGGAGGGAAGCUGCCCGAAAUCAGUGCCUUUACACUCAUCAUGAAUAACAUUCAGGUUGGCGGCAGCAAUAUUGGGUCUGUGAGUCAAAUCCAAGAAAUGCUAGAGUUUGCUGUGAGGCAAAACGUCAAGCCUUGGAUCCAGACGAGAUCCAUGAACGAUGCCAACCAAGCAAUAGUGGACAUGGAGGAUGGAAAAGCGCGAUACAGAUAUGUGCUUGUCAACGAAAGGCAUUUCGGAGUUUCAGUUGCCUGA